GUUAUGAUGGUUGGUGAAGUUAGAAGAGAGCUGCCUGCAUCUUUGUUCUAAGGCAUCACUUCAGGACAGACUCAUAUCCACAUUUGUCAACUGCUGCGUCUGCUCAAAGUCGACCAUCAAUGAACUAACCCAUUUGGAUCGGAUCGAUUCUGUGAUGUUCUAUGAUGUAGCUACAUUAGGGAAAACUUUUUCUAGUUCUAAUCGUUCUAGUUUAGAUGUUACUGCAGGUAUCGCAGAACACCGUCAUAUAGUCGACACGGUGUGUUUUGAUGACAAGGCAGCAAGCUGUCAAGUUGUCAGAAUUUCUAGCAGCCCGCAAAUUGAAUAGCAGUAUAAGAAAAUGGUUUAUUGUGUGGUAAAUGGAUGAAGCUAACUACAAUAAUGGAAAGUCCACAAAAUACGUUCUAGACGUCUGCGUCAGCAGUCAUCUGAGAGGAAAUUGUUUCCGGAAAACGAGGUUUUCUGUUAAUCUCGACAGAAAUGAACGUGUUUUGUGUCGCCUUUUUUAUUUCUGCUCAACUGCAAGUUUUGGCAUUUGGUUUUAAACGCAAUGCUACGUUCAGACCCAACGUUGUGAUGGUGAUGUCCGAUGCGUUUGACGGGAGGCUGACAUUUGACCCCGGGAGUAGGUUGGUGCAGCUCCCUUUUACAAAGUACCUGAGAGAACAAGGGGCUGUGUUCCUCAACUCCUACACCAACUCUCCCAUCUGCUGUCCAUCAAGAGCAGCUAUGUGGAGUGGUCGUUUUGUCCAUCUAACUGAGUCCUGGAACAAUCACAAGUGUCUGGAUGGGAAUGCCACCACAUGGAUGGAUGAUCUGCGGAAAAACGGUUAUCACACCAGGAGUUUGGGAAAACUGGACUUUACUUCAGGCGGCCAUUCCGUGAGCAACCGCGUGGAGGCCUGGACGCGAGAUGUGCGUUUCCUGUUGCAACAGGAAGGCCGGCCCGUGACGGACCUCAGGGGAGACGAAACCACGGUGAGGGUCAUGACCAAAGACUGGAAAACCACGGACAUCGCCGUUGAGUGGAUCCGCAAGACCGCGGCGUCCCUCUCUCAGCCGUUCGCCCUCUACCUGGGCUUAAAUCUGCCUCACCCCUACCACACAGACUCCCUGGGACCCACUGCUGGGGGGUCCACUUUCCGCACCUCCCCCUACUGGCUGAAAAAGGUGUCCUAUCAGAACAUCACUGUGCCAAAAUGGCUGCCAUUUUCCGAGAUGCACCCUGUUGACUACUACUCAACCUACACCAAGAACUGCAGUGGCAACUUCACCGAGCAGGAAGUCCGGGACAUCCGCGCCUUCUACUAUGCCAUGUGCGCUGAGGCCGACGCCAUGCUGGGUGAGGUGGUGAGGGCCCUGCAGGUCUCGGGCCUGCUCUCCAGCACGGUCCUGCUCUUCACCUCGGACCACGGGGACCUGGCCAUGGAGCACCGCCAGUUCUACAAGAUGUCCAUGUUCGAGGGCAGCUCCCACGUGCCCCUGCUCUUGGCCGGCCCCGGGGUGAAGAGGGGGCUCCAGCUACCCCAGCCUGUCUCUCUGGUGGACAUCUACCCCACACUAUUGGAUCUGGCGGGGAUCCCCGCCCCGGCUGGGCUCAGCGGGAACUCUCUCCUCCCCCUGCUGUCCCCCGCCGCCGUCCCGCCGGCAGAGCCCCGCCCCGAUUGGGCAUUCAGCGAGUACCAUGGCUGCAACGCCAACGCCUCCACGUACAUGCUGCGGCAGGGCCGCUGGAAGUACAUCGCCUACGGCGACGGGCUGAGCGUCCCGGCCCAGCUGUUCGACCUCUCCAGCGAUGCGGAGGAGCUUCACAACAUGGCCGCCCGGUUCCCUGUGGUCUGCCAGCGCCUGGACAGCCUUCUGCGGCGCGUGGUCGACUACCCCGCCGUCUCCAGGAAGGUGCAGCGCUACAGCAGGACGGAGUUCAGCCGCUGGAGGCUCGGCCUGGGGAAGCAGUACACAGACGUCAUCGGCAGCCUCCGCUGGCACUGGGACUGGCAGAGGCACCCCAAAAUGUACGAGAGCGCCAUCGACGAGUGGCUGGGAGCGUAGCCCAGCCCCAAACCCCGUCUCUGCCGCGCUCCUGCUUAGCAGUGCUCCUCGUCUGCAGCUUCAAAAUCACCGUUUGAGCUUUUAAUGUCAUCUCUUUAUUUCGUCAUUCUAAUGGAACGAUUUCAGUGUCUACUUCCCGAGCUUUUGUACCACGAUGGUAAAUUAGCCCGAAGGGAAGCAUUCAAAUCUGGAUGAACUGUAGACCCACACCAAGGGUCUGCAGUCCUGGUCCCAGAGAGCCGCCCACCAACUUCACUCAAUUACUGGGGUCUGAAUUGUGUGAAUCCCCCCCCCCUUUCUUUCCUCCACCAUCUCUAUGGUUACUGAGCAGACUAACAACAAAGUUACUGUCAGACACACUGCCAUCUAGUGUCUAAUCAAAGGAAACACGGUCUGUAAUUUGAGGAAGAUCUAUGAACUAUCAAGGAACUAUGCACACUGCAGUAUUAUGAAAUAAAACAAUCAGGCCUGUACACCAAAUCCUCUAAAGUGCAUCCUAUACAAUGUAUGAUGAGAUGGUAGGGUUACAAUUAUGUGCAAACCAGAACAUGACAUUAAUUUAUGGAUUGGUCCAGCCUACUUUGUGUUAAUUCAAACUGAGCAUCAUUGUCAAAUGUCAAAUGUCAAAGCAGGUCAAUUGCAGUGUGCUUAGCUGGAGUUUAACCUCUAAACCACAGAUUUGCAUCUCAAAUGGAACAGCGAAGUCCACUUAGUGCAGGAUUUUUCUGCUCCAGUUGGUAUGUAAAUAUGUGGUUGGUAUGCAAAUAUGUGCAUGGUAUGCAAAUAAGUAGUUUGUAUGCAAAUAAGUGGGUGGCCUGUAGCUUAGUGGUUAAGGUAAAUGACUGGGACCCGCAAGGUUGGUGGUUCUAAUCCCAGUGUUAGCCACAAUAAGAUCUGCACAGCCGUUGGGCCCUUGAUGUAAUGGUUUAAACUCCAGUGAGGCACACUGCAAUUGACCCAGCAUGCCUAAGCAUUGUUGCUGAACAAUGUGCAUCCUUAUGUGUACCUAAUAAAGUGUCUGCUGUCUAACAUAUAAUAAAUGAAUGCCAAUAUAA